AUGUACUUUGAUGGGGCCUUCUCGCUACAAGGCGCCGGGGCUGGCGUACUGCUUGUCGCGCCCACCGGAGAGCACCUCAAGUACGUGGUCCAAAUGCACUUCCCUAGGGAGACGUCGAUGAACAAUACUGCCGAAUACGAGGGAUUGCUCGUCGGUCUCAGGAUCGCGGCAGACCUCGGGAUCAAGAAACUCAUCGUCGGGGGCGACUCGCAGCUUGUCGUCAAACAAGUCAACAAGGAUUACCAGAGUCCGUUGAUGAAGGCCUACAUAGAUGAAGUGAGAAAGCUGGAAGAGCGUCUUGACGGUAUACAGGCGGAGCACGUUCCCCGAGCGGAUAACGACAUCACCGACUACUUGUCAAAAUCCGCUGCCCUCAAGCUGCCUGUGGAACCAGGGUCAGUUUCAGCAAUGUCAGAGGGCAGUGAUAGUCAUAACAGAUCUGAAGAGCAGCUCAACCUCAGUGAGGGCACUAGUCCCUCUGGUAGCUAUGAUGAGGGGAGUAGGAGCACUCCCAGAAAUUUGCCUAAGGUAGCUACCAGGCAGAGGAAGAAGAGAACAUCUGAAUCUGAGGAUGAAGAUUUUGUUGUUGAGGAGGAGGUGACCUCGAAGAAGAAGGUGCUCAAGCCUCAAGAAAGAGUAUGUUGCUGCUGCAACCAAGCCUAG